UAGAUGCGAGGCACUAACUUCCUCGUAUACAAAUAGAACGCACCCUUCAGCUCUUUCUAUCUGAACUAGAAUCACGGGAUGGAAGAGCCGACAUAAAAGGAAAAGGAGCGCUUUCUAAAGAAUAUAAAUAAUUCAGCGUUAGAGAACGUGGAAUAUACAGCUGGUUGGAACGAGGUUCUUCCACCAUGGGCUGUGUGGGGUCCAAUGAGCAGCAGGAUCCCAGCAGCAAAGGAGUGGUCAAUGACGACUCUCUGAACCAGACUCAGACAGGCCAGUACGUCAAAGACCCCACCACAGGGACCAAGGCUAACAGAACCAUAUCCAUUGCCCCUCCAGUCCCCUCUAAUGGUCCUGAGAGCAUUGCCAUUGCACUGUAUGACUAUGAGGGUGUAAAUCAUGGAGACCUGGGCUUCAAGAAGGGAGACAAGCUUAGAAUCUUACAGGAAUCUGGAGAAUGGUGGAGAGCACAGUUAAUUAGCACAGGCAAGGAAGGCUACAUCCCAAGUAACUAUGUAGCCAUAGACAGCCUUGAAACCGAAGAGUGGUUCUUUAAAGGAGUGAUCAGGAAAGAUGCAGAGAGGCAGCUGCUGGCAUCAGGAAACAAAACAGGAUCGUUCAUGAUCCGUGACAGUGAGACCACCAAGGGCAGCUACUCCCUAUCCGUAAGGGACAGUGAUUCCCAAUCAGGAGACACAGUCAAGCAUUACAAGAUCCGUACACUGGACAACGGUGGCUUCUAUAUCUCCCCACGCAUCACCUUCAACACCCUGCAGGAACUGGUCAGCCACUAUAAGAAGCAGGGAGAUGGUCUGUGCCAGGCCUUGACCAGCCCCUGCCUCAGUCCCAAGCCCCAGAAGCCCUGGGAGAAGGAUGCCUGGGAGAUCCCUCGGGAGUCCCUCAAACUUGACAGGAGGCUCGGGGCUGGCCAGUUCGGAGAGGUCUGGAUGGCUACAUACAACAAGCACACCAAGGUGGCAGUGAAGACCAUGAAGCCUGGCACGAUGUCUGUGGAGGCUUUCCUGGACGAGGCUAACCUGAUGAAGGCCCUGCAGCACGACAAGCUGGUCCGUCUGAACGCUGUGGUUACCAAAGAGGAACCCAUCUACAUCAUCACAGAGUACAUGGAAAAGGGCAGUUUGCUGGACUUCUUGAAGAGUGAUGAGGGCAAACGUGUUCAGCUCCCCAAACUCAUUGACUUCUGUGCACAGAUUGCAGAAGGUAUGGCCUACAUCGAGCAGAGGAACUAUAUCCACCGAGACCUGCGAGCCGCCAACAUCCUGGUCUCAAAGGAUCUGGUGUGCAAGAUUGCUGACUUUGGCCUCGCCCGAAUCAUCGAGGACAAUGAGUACACAGCCAGGGAAGGAGCAAAGUUCCCCAUCAAAUGGACGGCCCCGGAGGCAAUCAACUAUGGCUCCUUCACCAUCAAAUCAGAUGUCUGGUCCUUUGGCAUUCUUCUGACCGAGAUCAUCAGCUAUGGACGCACACCAUAUCCAGGUAUGACGAACCCAGAAGUGAUUCGCUCUCUGGAGAAAGGUUACCGCAUGCAGCGCACCGACAGCUGUCCGAAGGAGCUCUAUGACAUCAUGUUGGAGUGCUGGAAGAACAAGCCCGAGGACCGGCCCACCUUUGAGUACCUGCAGAGUGUCCUGGAGGAUUUCUACACCGCAACAGAGAGCCAGUACCAGCAACAGCCAUGAGCCAGAAUGAUUCAGGCAGAUACAGUGACGGAAAAAAGUAUUUGAUCCCCUGCUGAUUUUGUACGUUUGCCC